AUGGACGCGGUGCUGUUGGAGCACUUCCCCGGGGGCCUGGACGCCUUCCCGUCUGCUUACUUUGAUGAGGAAGACUUCUUCACCGAUCAGUCCUCCCGGGACCCUCUGGAGGACAGCGAUGAACUGCUGGCGGACGAGCAAGCCGAAGUGGAGUUCCUCAGCCACCAGCUGCACGAGUACUGCUACCGCGACGGGGCGUGCCUGCUGCUGCAGCCCGCGCCCUCGGCCGCCCCGCACGCGAUCGCCGCCCCGGCCCUAGGGGGCUCCGGAGAGCCGGAGGACGGCGGCGGCUACUGCUGCGAGGCAGGGGUGCCCCCCGGCGGCUUCUCCUACUCGCCCGGCUCGCCCCCUUCGUGCCUAGCCUACCCGUGCGCCGCAGCGGCCGUGCUGUCCCCCGGGGCGCGGCUGCGUGGUCUGAGCGGCGCGGCGGCUGCAGCCGCUCGGCGGCGGCGGCGAGUGCGCUCAGAGGCCGAGCUGCAGCAACUGCGACAGGCAGCCAAUGUGCGCGAGCGGAGGCGCAUGCAGUCCAUCAACGACGCCUUCGAGGGGCUGCGCUCGCACAUCCCCACGCUGCCCUACGAAAAGCGCCUCUCCAAGGUGGACACGCUGCGCUUGGCCAUCGGCUAUAUCAACUUCCUCAGCGAGCUUGUGCAAGCCGACCUGCCACUGCGUGGCGCCGGCGCGGGAGGCUGUGGGGGCCCCGGCGGCAACGGGCGCCUGGGUGGGGACAGCACGGGCAGCCAAGCCCAGAAGGUCAUCAUCUGCCAUCGGGGCACUCGAUCCCCAUCCCCCAGCGACCCGGAUUAUGGCCUCCCUCCCCUUGCAGGACACUCUCUCUCAUGGACUGAUGAAAAACAACUCAAAGAACAAAAUAUUAUCCGAACAGCCAAAGUGUGGACCCCAGAGGACCCCAGAAAACUCAACAGCAAAUCUUAUCACAACAUAGAAAACGAACCGCCCUUUGAGUUUGUGUCCUGAGCAGAGCCCCACAGGGCUGAGAAUCUCAUUUUGUCUCUGUGCAUAUUGUACAUGUGGAUAUCUAUAAUGGAAAUGUAAUUUAAGAAUCAAAUUUUCCAAUGGCAAUCAACUGUUGUUAUUUAUCUAUUUAUUGUCCUGUCGAAUUAAUGAAAUAGAUGAUCUGUCUUUAAAUAUAUAAUUUAUAUAAUUUAUCUUGAUUGUCUAAAAAUAUGCAAUAGCUGAUGAUUCCCCAGCACCUUUGGCAGAAGUCUGCGUUGUUGGAAGAACUCUGGCCAGGAAACUUCAGGCUUAUUUAUUGCCAGAUAUGGUUUAUUUCUAAGUUUUUUUAAAUAAAUGCUGUUUACACCUUUUUCU